GCUGUGAGUUCUCUGCAAAGACUGCUUUGUUGGUGUUAUUUAAGUGUCACUGUAUAAAAAAAUAUAUUUUAUUUCUUCUUUUAAUUUUUUCUAAUACAUAUUGAGGAAUACAUCAAUCGAAUUAUUUUAAUUUCAGUAUUAUACACUGUUAACUAUAAUUUUUUGAUAAAAGUUCCAUUUUGAUGUAAACUUGCCUCACCACGUGUGCACUGUGAAUUAAAAAUUCAUAUAAUUUCAACUACGAUAUCAAACCGGUUUUAAUAAAUAUAAUUCUCUUUGCUAUAUAUCAACAACGUACUCAUUCCACUUCGACUAUUAAUAAAACAUGUCUGUAAAAAUGGAAGGAGAUUUACGUGAUGGCCUGUCUGCUGCAGAGAUAUUUUCUAAUAGUGACGGUCUAACCUAUAACGACUUCUUGUUAUUACCUGGUUAUAUAGAUUUCACUGCUGAAGAAGUUGAUCUUACUUCACCACUCACUAAAAAGAUAAAAUUGAAAGCGCCGCUCGUAUCCACACCCAUGGACACUGUUACGGAGGCUGACAUGGCUAUUGCUAUGGCUCUAUGCGGAGGUAUCGGUAUCAUCCACCACAACUGUACCCCAGAGUAUCAAGCCAAUGAAGUUCACAAAGUCAAAAAGUACAAGCAUGGUUUCAUUCGAGACCCAGUUUGCAUGGGACCAAGCAACACAGUUGCUGAUGUUUUGGAAGCUAAGAAGAAAAAUGGGUUUACUGGAUAUCCCAUCACAGAAAAUGGUAAACUGGGUGGUCGCCUCAUAGGAAUUGUAACUUCUCGUGAUAUUGAUUUUAGAGAAGGUGAUCCACAUUUGAGUCUUAAAGAAGUUAUGACACCAAUUGAAGAAAUGAUAACAGCUCAAUCAGGUGUAACACUGCAAGAUGCAAAUUACAUUUUAGAAAAAAGUAAGAAAGGUAAACUUCCUAUCAUAAAUUCGACCGGUGAACUUGUUGCCUUGAUAGCCAGAACUGACUUGAAAAAAGCUCGCAGCUACCCAAAUGCAUCUAAGGAUUCCAACAAACAACUUUUAGUUGGAGCUGCUAUUGGCACUAGAGAAGCUGACCGAGAAAGGUUGAAAUUACUCAUUAACAAUGGAGUUGAUGUUAUUGUUCUGGAUUCCUCACAGGGCAACUCGAUAUAUCAAAUAGAAAUGAUAAAGUACAUCAAAAAAGUUUAUCCUAACAUUGAAGUCAUAGGAGGAAAUGUAGUAACAAGAAUGCAAGCUAAGAAUCUAAUUGAGGCUGGUGUAGAUGCAUUACGUGUUGGGAUGGGAAGCGGAUCCAUCUGUAUAACACAGGAGGUGAUGGCUUGUGGCUGUCCCCAGGCUACUGCAGUAUAUCAAGUGGCAUCUUAUGCAAAACAAUUUAAUGUACCUGUGAUUGCCGAUGGAGGCAUUCAAUCUGUUGGACACAUUGUGAAAUCACUGGCCCUGGGUGCUUGCUCUGUGAUGAUGGGAUCUCUACUUGCAGGCACAUCUGAAGCACCUGGUGAAUAUUUCUUCUCUGAUGGUGUACGUCUUAAGAAAUAUAGAGGAAUGGGUAGCUUAGAAGCUAUGGAAAACAAAGACGGCAAGGGGUCUGCAAUGAGUCGUUACUUCCACAAAGAGAGUGACAAACACAGAGUAGCUCAAGGUGUGAGUGGUAGUAUUGUAGACAAAGGAUCAGUCCUCAGAUUCCUUCCAUAUUUGCAAACUGGAACUCAGCACAGUUGCCAAGAUCUUGGAGCUAAAUCAUUAGCUCACUUACGUGAGAUGAGUUAUUCAGGUGAUCUUAGAUUCAUGAAGAGAACACACUCUGCACAGUUAGAAGGAAAUGUGCAUGGUCUGUUUUCAUAUGAAAAAAGAUUGUUUUGAUAAGUGCAAAAUAAAUGUUUUUUAUUGAGUUCAAAAGCACGUAAUUAAAGUAUCCAUUUAUUUUUCAAUGGAAAUACUUUUGUAUCUGUAUAUUAAGCAAAAUAUAAAAUUAUUAUUAUUUUGUCAUUUGGUUAUUGUGUGUGUAACUUUAUGACAAUGGACCAGAGAUGAUUAUAUAAUAAAGUGUAAUAAUUU